ACUUUCUACAGUUUAUCCAAUCAAGUGUCGUGUCUCUUAAUAUCGCUAAGGCGGUCGUUGCUACAUGCCAAAACAAGUUCCGAAGCAGACAGUUAAGAUUGUGGCUCAGUAAGGACUUGCCUGCGCCAGCAUCAUGACAGCAGGGUCGAUCCUUGUGCCCACGAUUAUCCCUCUUAGGGCUCCUGGGCUUGGAAGGAAAAAUAUCAUCGACUCAAGUACCAAGAUUGAGAUCAGAACAGAAACCCCUGACACGAUUAUUCACUACACUAUCAAUGGUACGAAGCCUGAUCCAUUCCAGCGCCUGGGAGAGAAGUGUACCUUACAGUACCGGGGACCUUUCACACUGCCAGCUGGCAAGCAGAACAUCAAGGCUGUGGCCGUGUCCAAGGAUGGGAUGCGAGAAAGUAAUGUCGUCUCAAAAGUAUUUGAUGUGGAGUAUGUUCCUCCUCCACCCAUGGAACCCAUUGAUGAUGACCUCGGCUUUCAGGAAGAGUGGGCAAAAGAGAGAACAAAAAUGGAGGUGAAACGAGCAGCCUCGAAGCUGGUGACCUCCCCUCAGUCAGCCUGGAUGGAUGUGGCCAAAAUGAAGGAAAGUCAACAGAUGAUUGCUGAUAUGGCUGUAACUGGCUCCAAUCGAAGAAGACCGGGCACUGGACCACGAUUUCUAAAUUCAAGACGUUCAAACAUAACUGAUGUGGUGUCGUUUGAUGACCUUGAUGUGAAAAAGCUCCAGCGAAGCCUCCCACAGAACUCCGUACAAGCUAUGAGGCUCCAGAGAGAAACAGAUUUUCUAAAAUGUAUCCACUGUUUUGCUGACCGACCGUCAGAUCCGUUUGCUCGAUUCUGUACGACAUGUGGCCACCAGAUUCCACCUAUACCUCAGACUCGCAUCUCACCACCGGAACCUGGCCAGAUGGGCAUGUGUGUGUACUGUAAGUCCAUGGUGCCUUUCAACACUGUGACAUGCGUGGUGUGUGAGGGUCCGAUUCCCGUCCAGAACCAGCCAAUGGCUAGCAUCAAGCUGUCCAACCGGCUUGUGUGCACGCUGUGUGGAACUGCCAACCCCAGCAACCUGAUUAUGUGUGUCACCUGUGACACCCGCCUUCCCACCACUGCACAACAGAGAGCUAUUUUCUCUGGACUGUCAGCACCGCCUGUUACCAACCCAGACAAGAGAUAUAUAACAUGCACCAAGUGUAACCGCGUCAACAAUGGGGAUGCUCGAUUCUGUGACUGGUGUGGAGCAAAGCCAUCACAGCCAUCCGGUGCCUUGCAGUGUUCUAAGUGUAGUGCCACCAAUCACCCGUACAGCACGUUCUGUGGCUCGUGUGGAAUCCAGAUUCAGGCGCCGUCACGCAUUGAGUACAGACCUGUUUCAAAUUAUAGUUCGGAGUUGAUGCCUGUCACUAUUGGUGUGAUACCGGCGAGUGGCAUCAAACCGAUGACCACGGUCGCUGUGCAGACAGUCGGCUUGUUCUACCCGUCCCAGCGAGAGCUCGACAAAAAGAAUGAUGAAGAUGCGGAAAAGAUCGCGUUUGAGAAACAGAUGCGCGAUCGCCGGCCUCUCCUGACCUCCAUCAGUCCAGGGAGAGGAUACUGGAGGAAGCAGGUUGACCACAUUUGUCAGCAUCUUAAGGCGAAGGCUCAGAAUGAUGCAGAAUUUAGAGCUCUUAUUGGCGAACCCAAAAUGGGAAAGAUGAUAACAAGUUCCAUCCAGGAAGAUGGUUAUGAACUCUCUCUGAACUUGACGUUUGCCUUGCGUGGCAACAAGGAUCCCUUCAUCGGCAAGCGGCUGGGCGUGUCCCAUCAGGGCUACCUCAGCAUGCACACAGAACACGACUCUCUUGGCAGUUACAUCAGUGAUUCAGAAGUGAGUGAAGAUCGAAUGACUCCGAUAUCAAACCGAAAGAAGUCUGGCAAAAGAGUUAAAGCAAAAAAGAAGUCUGAAUCCAAGUUAUCUCCUAUCAACUUAAAAAUGAUGCGAGAACUUGGAUCAAGUGGUGAGGGAUCUCCAGGUAAUCUACAACAGUACAUCGAUGAGGGAGCUGAUGUGACUUGUGUGAACAAGAAUGGCCUGCCAGUUCUGCACGUGGCUGUCAUUAAGAACAGGGUAGACUGUAUUCCAGUCAUUAUUGAUGCUGGUGCCGAUAUCAACAGGAAAGGACCUUCAUCCAUAAAAGGAAACACUGCCCUGCAUGAAGCUGUGAACCUGGGUCCUUCAGGUCUCAAGAUGAUCGACUGUCUACUUAGUUACGGAGCCGAUCAGAACAAGAAGAAUGACCGCGGUGAAACUCCCUAUGACCUGGCUGCUAAAGCUGGCUUUGAUAACAUCAUCAAGAAGUUUGCCUCUGCUCUCGGGCAGUCCCAGCUAGACAAGAUGAUCAAACCCCGCAACUAA